AUGAGGAGACAGAAGACACCCAAGGCCAAGUCCCAGCUGGCCAUGAAUGCAAUCAUCCACAGUGGAAAUAGUAUUGACUGUGACGUUAACCCCCAUUUCACCUCUUUCAGACACACCAUCUUUACCAGCAACACCUCAUCCAUCCCCAUCACCGAUAUCGCUGCAUCAACGCAGAGGAGGGACCGGUUCGGAGGACUCCACUACUUCAACCCAGUUCCCAUGAUGAAGCUCCUGGAGGUUGUCAGGACAUCAGAGACAAAUGACGAGACAUUCAACUCAUUGAUGGAGUUUGGCAAGGCCAUGGGCAAGGUCACGGUACCUUGCAAGGACACAGCUGGAUUCAUUGUGAAUCGUCUCCUGGUGCCCUACAUGUUGGAAGCAGUUCGCCUCGUGGAGAGAGGUGAUGCGGCCCCAAGGGAUAUUGAUGUGGCCAUGAAGCUAGGAGCUGGCUAUCCCAUGGGACCUUUCGAGUUGAGCGACUAUGUUGGACUUGACACCAUGAAGUUUAUUUUGGAUGGUUGGCAUGAGAGGGAGCCUGACCAUCCGUUGUUCAAACCCAGCGCCCUUUUGAACAAGCUGGUGGGAGAGGGCAAACUGGGCAUGAAGACCGGGGAAGGCUUCUACAAACAUAAGAAGUAGACUGACUGGACCUGUCUGAAGAUGUUGGACAUAAUAUAAAACCUUCAUAGUAUACACUAUUGGACUAUG